CGUGCUACGUCCUUUCCCUGGGCGGGAGCAGCAAAAUGGCGCCAGAACUAGUGGCGGGCUGAGGACGCUGGCUCCCCGCGAAGACGGCCCUGCGGUCCCCGGGCCGCCCCGGCCCCUCCCGGACAUGGAGGACGCGGAGGCGCGCUUCGCCCACCUGCUGCAGCCCAUCCGCGACCUCACUAAGAACUGGGAGGUGGACGUGGCGGCCCAGCUGGGCGAGUAUCUGGAGGAGCUGGACCAGAUCUGCAUUUCUUUUGACGAGGGGAAAACCACAAUGAACUUCAUUGAGGCAGCGCUGUUGAUCCAGGGGUCUGCUUGUGUCUACAGUAAGAAGGUGGAAUACCUCUACUCGCUGGUCUACCAGGCUCUCGAUUUCAUCUCUGGCAAGAAGCGGGCCAAGCAGCUCUCCUCAGUGCGGGAAAAUGGGGCCAGUGGGGACACCAGCUCCACGGCUCCCCAGGAGGUGGAGGACCAGUUCCUGUCGCUGGAUGACCUCCCUGACUCCCGUGCUAAUGUGGAUCUGAGGAAUGACCUGCCCCCCCGUGAGGUCCUCAUCGUCCCUCUCCUGCCCAUGGCCCUUGUGGCCCCUGAUGAGAUGGAGAAGAAUGUCAGCCCCCUGUGCAGCUGUCAGGGGGAGGUCCUGGCCAGCCGGAAGGAUUUUAGGAUGAAUACGUCUACCCCCCACCCCAGAGGAGCCUUCAUGUUGGAGCCAGUGGGCAUCUCCCCCAUGGAGACACUGAUGCCAAGGAAUCAGAAGGAGCCUGAGAGGGCUGAGGAGCAGCCAAUGGAAGUCUCUGUGUGCAGUCCUGUCCCUGUGGUCAACGUCUCCCAGGAGCCAGGUGCCUCUCCAGAAGGCCCAAUGCCUGGAGGUGGUGGUGAGGAUGAGGAUGCAGAGGGGGCAGCAGAGCUCCCUGAAGCCACAGCCCCCGAGGGCCCUAAGGAGCCCCAGGAACCCAGGAGCCCGCAGCAGAGUGCUGCCCAGCCUAGUCCCUGCAUGCUACGGGAGCGAGAGGAGCCAGCGCCCCUGAUGAAGGAGACUCCGGACCCCUGGCAGAGCCUGGACCCCUUUGACUCCCUGGACUCUAAGCCCUUCAAGAAAGGUAGGCCUUACUCCGUGCCCCCCUGCGUGGAGGAGGUUCCAGGACAGAAGCGCAAGAGGAAGGGUGCCACCAAGCUGCAGGACUUCCACCAGUGGUACCUGGCUGCCUAUGCUGACCACGCUGACAGCAGGAGGUCCCGGCGAAAGGGCCCGUCCUUUGCAGGUGAGGUCAGAGACAUGGAGGUCCUGUACUGGAAGCACGUGAAGGAGCAAUUGGAGACUCUCCGGAAGCUUCAGAGGCGGGAGAUGGCCGAGCGGUGGCUGCCGAGGCCUGAGGAAGGGCUGUGGCCUGUGGAGGACCAGCUGGAGGACUCCCUGGAGGAUCUGGGGACAGCAGCAGAUGACUUUCUAGAGCCUGAGGAGUAUGCAGAGCCUCAGGAGGCAAAGCCUGGGGAAGCUGCGGAACUGGAAGCAGAGGCCAUGCCAGUGUCCCUGAGCUAUGAGGAGCUGGUCCGAAGGAAUGUGGAGCUCUUCAUCGCCACCUCUCAGAAGUUCGUCCAGGAGACAGAGCUGAGCCAGCGCAUCAGGAACUGGGAGGACACUAUCCAGCCCCUGCUCCAAGAGCAGGAACAGCAUGUGCCCUUUGACAUCCAUACCUAUGGGGACCAGGUAGUCUCAAGGUUCAGCCAGCUCAACCAGUGGUGUCCCUUUGCGGAGCUAGUUGCUGGCCAGCCUGCCUUCGAGGUGUGUCGUUCCAUGCUGGCGUCCCUGCAGCUGGCCAAUGACUACACGGUGGAGAUCACCCAGCAGCCGGGGCUGGAGGCGGCCGUGGACACCAUGUCCCUGAGACUACUCACGCACCAGCGGGCCCACAAGCGCUUCCAGACCUAUGCUGCCCCCUCCAUGGCCCAGCCCUGAUUUGGGGAGCAUUGAGGCUGAGGGGGCCAGCGCUGUAGUAGACGCGGUAGCUGCGGCUCACCUGGGCUACCUGCUCAGCAGAACCGGUCAGGCCCAGCAACCGUGGGUGGAAGUCCUGUACGUAGCGGGCCAUGGCUGCGACGGUGUCCCGUGCAGGGUCCAC